UUAAAGAUUUGGGCCUGGGAUUCCAGUUUGGGCCAAACCAGCCUAGGCUUUCGUCGCUUCCAUACACCGCUUUUGUCUCCUCGGCCGAAAUAAAACUAGAGAAGCCCUCCCCUCGUCCGUAUUUUCCCUCUGUUUUCUCUUCGGUAUCUCGCCUUCUAUUCGUCCGGAGGUGAGGUGGAUCCCAGCUGGUGUCUUGGAUUCUCUUUUCCAAGCUCUCCCUCUCUCAGUUGAAAUCGGACGGUGCGCUGUGGGUGAGAUGCAUACGCUUGGUUGUCUUCUUCCGUGUCAUUCUGUGAGUAGGUGGAUUUUGAUCAUCGGGGGUUCCCUCCCUGUUUUCCGAAUUUUGAACAUAUCGGUUUCAGGAAGUUAGAAUGUACGUUGCCGUCAACCUGGAGAUAAUUCGGACAGUGAAGAAGGCUGGAGACAUCAUAAUGAGCGCUCGAUUCAUCGCAUAUUAUCGUUUGAUGCAGGUUUGCCAGGUGAAAACUUUGCCAAGUUUACCAUCAGUUGCGUGGAACAUAUUAUUUCCUCUUCGCUGAAGCAUGCUUGUGGAGUACUUAUGCUUUUAUACGACACGAUUGUAGGAAAAGAGAAUUAAACCUUGUUAUUCUAUCGUGAGGUUUUUCACCUCUCUGAAGUAUAACUACAUAUGCUUAGAUUAAACUGACCUUCGUGAUAUUAAUCUCAAUUAAUGCAUGGUAUCGGGAAGCAAUUGAACUGUAUUCGUGGAUUUUUCUUGGCCUUUGGUACCUAUCUCCAAGGGGCCGACCACGGACAUCCCCACUACCUCCAUAUCCAAGUCUUCUUUACUUAUCUUCCUCAUCUUUAACAACUAGUGGACAUACGUUGGAUUCCUUUUUCCAUCAGGUUUGCUUUCGGGCUCCACCCACAACAUAAUAGCAUUCAUAUAGAAAGGAAGAAUUCUAACGAGCCAUGUGUUUCAUAGAUUGAAGAGUCCCGUUCAUGCAUCUUUAGCUUUGGUGUUGCAUGGAUUGAUGCAAUUUAUGUUGCCUGCUUUUUUGUCGGUGAUGUUUCUAGCUCUAAAACACAAUUUUCCUGUUCUGCCUGAGGAAAGUUGACAGGAAUGCAUCGUCAGUAUUCCCAUGUUUUGCUGCUGUAGUUCACUGCUAAAUUAAUAUAUUUUAGAUCGAGAGAUCCUUUGCAUCUAAAUCUUUAGUUGCAGACAAUUUAUUUUAUUGAAUCCAUAACCAUGUUGAAAUUUAUGUGUUGCUAAUUAUGCGAUUUUUGUUCUUCUUUCUGUUUGAGUUCUCCUUCAUUAUUGUUCUCUAAGCCUGAAAGCUGCAGUACCACUUACAACUUUCUAUGCCAAAUGGUAGGCUGAAUACUUCCGCCAGCUGCUUAAGCCUGUCACGUAGAUUGAACUCCUAGGUUGAACAUAAGUUGAUCUGCAGCACGUGGGCACCAGCUUUUCUUUUUCUUUUUUCUUUUUCUUUUGCUUUAUUACUUGAUCCAUCACAAAGAAAUCUCCGAUGAAAUGAAAUCGAGAAGAGAUUGGCCUCAUGCGAGAUAUACUCUUCCUUCCUCCUUGUUAGAAUCAGAUGGCUACUCUGACUGAGAUGUUUGAUUAAAGAAUUUCACCAUUUCCAGCUAAUUAUCAUCAGAUCAUUCUUAUCGACAGCAGUUAAAUCCGGCCAAGGUUAAAUACAGGGGAGUUCAUUCUCAUCAACAGCAUUGUAGUUGUCGGAGAAGAUUCGGUAGGGGCCUAUGCAGAGAGACUCGAGAUUGUUUUCUAAGAAGGCCUCCCGAUCUCUUGGAUAUGAAGCGGGCGGUUAUGCUCUUGAGUCCCCUGCAGGUGCUUGCUAUGCUGAUGGCGAAGCACUGACAGGCAUGAAGCAUCAUGAGUUUCCCGGUCCGCUUAAUGGUGUCGAGUUCCAACCCUCUGAAACCUGUCCUGAGAACUUUGUCAUCUUUGAUCAGACGUACAGCAAAAGCCGGGUCAUGUUCCACCCUUCCUUAGCCCACAAUUUUGGCUCUUCAAGCUUUGAUAUCGACGGAGCUCAUGCCCAUGAAGCUGGCAAAAGUAUGGACAGAGAUAACGGCAACAGGGGAGAAUAUCCCUCUUGUUACGAGGAUGACGCAGAAGCUAUCGAUGCAUUGCUGAGUUCAGAAGAAGAUGAUGAUGAUGAUGUGGUCAGCACCGGGCGGACUCCAGGCAAUUGGGGAGGCAGUACUUCUUCGUGUUCGUUUUCAGAGGGGACGAAAUGCAGCAAGCUCAAUGCUACUAAUGCCAGCAGCAGCAAGACUAAAAGGGAGAAAAUGAAGAGGAUGGUUGGAACACUUCGGGGAAUCAUACCCGGCGGUGGAGACCAAAUGGAUACACCUGCUGUUCUUGAUGAAGCUGUUAAGUACUUGAAAUCCCUCAAGGUGGAUGUGAAGAAGCUUGGAGCACAGAAUUUUGACAGCUGAAAUGGCACGGAUUGCGGUAAUCUCGCUAAUCAGGAUAUGGAAACUAAAUCCUCUAAAAGCAUAAGCUCUCAUGAUGCUGUAUGCUGGUUUUGUCUGUUCUUUUAUGCCACACAUGCGCUGUGGCUUUAUGCUCCAUGAUGAGAGAGCAUGGGAGGGAGAUACAUGGAAGAGGGUGGGGUCUGCGCACCUUUUCGUUUGUGCUGGGUCUUGGUAUUUAUUGCCCAGGCCGUUUGGAUGCUUUGUGUUUGGUUUUGUACUUCAAUGGCUAUGCCUUUUCCUUCUCUUGCCCCC